AUGAGACCUUGGCCUUCUUUGAAGGAGUAUUCACCAACGCCUUCUAGUGGGAAUAAUGAGGUUGAAGAAGAAUCGCUUAAUCAUCAACAAGUGUCUGAGGAGUCAAGUGUUGAUUUCCCUAGCAAGUGGAAUGAUUCAAGUGAUGAAGAUGGAAAUGAUGUCCAAGAGAUUGAUUCAAGUGAGUUUGUUCCAAAGACCAAGUGUCUUGAAGAGUACACAUUCAAGUGUGUAGAAGACAUCAAAUUGAAGUUGAAGAUUUGA